AUGGUCUGCGGCAGCGGCGUCUGCGGCAGCGGCGUCUGCGGCAGCGGCGUCUGCGGCAGCGGCGUCUGCGGCAGCGGCGUCUGCGGCAGCGGCGUCUGCGGCAGCGGCGGCAGCAGCGGCGGCAGCAGCGGCAGCGACGACGGCAGUGUUGGGCCGCCGGCAACGUCAUCUUUUUGUUGUUGUUGUUGUUGUUGUUGCUUCUCUCACAGCUCGGAGACAACAGCGCGCCAGCCGGCGAAGGCCGACGAGGGGACGGCGGCGGGCGGCGCCCUGGACGCCGGGGACCGGAACGGCUGCGUCAAAGCGAAAGGCCGCAAGCGCCGCCGCGACCGCAGCCCCUCCUUCGAUGAGGAGCUCUCCCCCCGGCCCAAGGGGAAGAAGAAGAAGAAGAAGAAGAAGCGCAGGAAGAGGAAGAGGAAAAGGUCUCCCUCCUACAGCCUGUCGCCACUGCGGAAGAGGAAGAAGAAGAAGAAGAAGACGAGCUCCAGGAAAAGCAAGCGGCACAGGCAUACCUCCAAGAAGACCAAACACAGCUCGUCCAGCUCCAAGCGCAAGAGGAAGGAUGAGCGCAAGCACAAGAAAAGUUCGCGGACUCACUCUCGGCGGAGGCGACGCUAUCGGAGGUCAGAGUCGGACGGUUCGUCGUACCGAUCUCCCUCCGAGGACAGGAACCACGUGCACGGAUCUGCGGGGCGUCAGGCCUUCGGAGCGCUGGCAGAAUGCGGCGGAGGGCUCGACCACGCGGACCCGCAGCGGGGACCUGAAGCCAAAUCAGUGUGUAAAACGGCGCCAAAAUAUCGCUCCGUCCUCUCGACCGCUGGCAUUCCCUCGUCGGAGCCUGGAGGAGAGGUUUCGCCCGGCCGCGCCCGCGCGGUCCCGCGCGACUGCGACUCGGGGAACGACACGUCCUCGCCGCCGUCCAGCAAGGCGGGCGCCUGCCAGUCGAGCGCCGGUGACGCCAAGAGGGGCCGCUGCAGGCGCCCGUCCGCUGACGGAGACGACGCCUCGGACUCGGGGAACUCUGUGACCAGCUACGCUUCCCUGUGCAAACCCUACGUGGAGGACGGCCUGUCCGCAACCCCUCUCAGCGGGAACGGCAGGAGAGGCCAGAUAACCUUGGGGUGUCCGGCGGAGGUCGUGAGAUCCCCAAAGGGUUCCAGGUGUUCCCAAAGGAGGAGGAGGAGGAGGACGCCGUCCGGGAGGCGACCGAGAAGGCGGUCGUCCAGCAGCAGGAGCAGGAGCAGAUCCUCAGGGAGCUCCAGAUACCGCGGCCGCUAUUCUCGAAGCCUGUCGCUGUCCUCCUGCAGCUCGUACUCGCGCUCGGCGAGUUACUCAGGCAGCGUGGCCAGCUCCAGCUCCAGGGGAAGCUUCUCCAGACGCAGCGCUGACAGACUGCGAGACGGAAAGAGAACGCGCGGCUCCAGAGCGACAGAUGUGAAGCGCGCACAUAAGGUUGGUGGGAAGAGACCAGGACGGAAAUCCUACUCGCCCAUGAAGAAGCGGAGGAGGGACUCGCCGAGCCACCUGGAAGCACGCCGGAUCACAAGCGCCAGGAAGCGGCCCGUCCCUUACUUCCGACCGAGCCCUUCCUCCAGCAGCCGGUCCACCAGCGUGUCGUCCUGGAGCAGCCUCUUCACCCGCAGCCCGAGCCCGCUCACCAGCAUCAGCCGCAGCCGCAGCCGCAGCCGGACCCACAGUUACUCCUCCUACAGGAGCUACAGCCGCAGCUCGUCCUGGAACUCUAUCUUUGGGACCCGCAGUCGCAGCCGGAGUCGCGCUUCAUUGCACAAACGCUACAAAAGCAGGCGUUAGGGUCGCCGAAGGGUCACCGAAGG